CUAGUUUGUGUAAAAAAUUAUCGUGUUCUCAUGAUCAACAACAGCAUAAAUUAAAUUUAAUUACGUCAGCAAACAUUUAUAGCAACAAACAAAAUUAAAGUUUUACUUUGUGUCAAUAGUUUAUUUAAAUUUAAAUAAAUAAAUACAAUGAAGUGGUUUCCUGGAAGCAUAAACGAAGCUGUCGCAACUUCAAAGACCAAAAAAGCUGUCUUCGUAGUUUUCAUUGCUGGCAAUGAUGAAGUGUCCAACGAAACGUCACGAGUAAUUGACUCACCAGAAGUGACAUCGUCGUUGGAAAGAGAAGACUUCGUUGCGAUAAAACUCGAAUCCGGAAGUGAAUCUUACAGAUUUUUUGCUCAAAUUUACCAACUGGUACCGGUGCCGUCAUUGUUUUUCAUCGGCAACAAUGGAAAGCCUCUGGAAAUAGUGGCAGGAAGUGUGACGUCGUCGAGUCUGAAGGAAAAAAUCGACUCGGUCCUUGUGAAAGCCGGGAAAAAAGAUUCGUCAAAUAAUUUUAUUAAGACUGAGCAGAGUCAUGCUGAGUCCACUAGCUCCAGUAAUGUUUCAAACACUCAAGGAAACUCGACGACUAAUAAUAAUAUUGAAGAACCUUCAAAUAUUACUGGUACUAACGUCAACACUGCGUCUGCUAACGUCACCACUGCGUCUGCUGACAAUGAAAUCACUGCCGCGGAAAAAGUUGAACGGGCUAGGAAAUUGAUAGAGAUGCAGAAGCAGCAGAGGUUGGAAGAAGAGCGCGAGAAAGAACGUUUGCGAGAGAUCGAAAGACGGAAAAUGGGGAAAAAUGUCCAGAGUGCCAAGCGCCAGCAGCAGGAUUUAGAGCUCAAGUUGGCUCACGAGGAACGAAUGAAGGAGAAAGCUGCUGAGCUCGAAGCCAGGGAAAGAAUCAGGGCCCAGAUUGCUCAGGAUAAAAUUGAAAGGAAGCAACGCGAGCAGGCUUUGCUGCAGCAGAAUGUUCAAGAACAGGAACGUCCAGCAGUGACACAGCGAUCGUUUGUCGGCGACGGUACCGCUCGUAUACAAUUUCGAUUACCUUCUGGUAACCCACACACUGGAUCAUUCCAAUCUACAAGUACACUGAGAGAAUUGCGCGCCUAUGUCGUCAAUAAUAUCGAACUACCAUUCCAACAAUUUUCAAUGUCCACGUCGUUCCCCAGGAGGGACCUGACCCAGGAAGAUGACGACAAAACUCUCACUGAGCUUCAACUUGUUCCCACUGCCGUCGUGCUAAUUUUACCCGUUAAAAAUACAAGUUCAUCAGCUGUAAUUCCAUCAGACGGCUCGAACUUCAUAUCGAGAUUAGUGUGGGCGCUAAUUACCCCCCUCGUUACCGUAUUUAAUUACAUCACUGGAUACUUCUCGGGCAACAGAGGCCCCAAUGACCGCAGCUCCGGCUCCAGAGGCUCGUCCGCCGGGGAAUCUUCAAGAACCGGCGGCGUCUACUCAUCUGGAUCCCGUCCUAAUGUUAGUCAGGCUGGUUUGAUUAGAAGAACUCCUGGGGGUUCAAGCACUACUGUCAGAGCACUGGGCAAUGUGCACCGAUUGCACUCCGGUGAUGAUGACAACGACGAAAACAACACGUGGAAUGGAAACUCGACUCAGCAGAUGUAAAUUUUAUAAUUAAAUUUAUCUAAACAUAAUAAUAAUGCAUUAAUAAUAAUAUUAUUAUUAUUAUUGAUGGUAAAAAAAUGAGUUGUUUGAUUUGGAAACCGUACGAAGUGGAAUUGGACCAAGAGAUGUGUUGAUUUAAAAAAAUGUAUUUAAAAAAUGUUUUAAGUAAAAAAAUAAAUUAUAAUAUUAUUUCAUUAAA